UUGGUUUCAAAAUAUUUGUUUUUCCUACACUCAUGAAAAACUUACAUACGCAUGAGUAGCUUGUACGUAACAAUUGUGCUGCAUAAUGCAGAUUCUUGGGAAUAUCACUAAUGAUAUUGAAAAUAAACCAGCAAUGUGGGGUUGCGAUGAUUGACAGGGUUUUUGAUGCUGUAAUUAGAUUAGUUGGCAAUGUUUGCUUGAAGCAAGAUAUUCUUAUGGUCUUAGAGGUGAUUUCCAAACCUUUGGUUCCUUGGUUCUCAUAUUGUCAUCCCGUUUCUAGUAGUGUUAAUCAUCUACUGUACUGUCUCUGGGAAAAUAUUCUCGGCUGUUUGCAGAGGUCCAAUCCAGCCAUCAUUUUCAAUGCCAGCCUUCUCAGAGUUCAGGCACCUCUCCUCCAAGCAGCUCUUGAUCACCCACAUCCUCCUAUUUCAAAUGCUGCAAUAGAAUUUUGGAAAGCCACAUAUGGGAAGAAACAUUUGGAAUACCCUGAAUGUUUGCUUCCAGCUUUAGCUAAGUUGUCAAGGAGUGCAAUAUGAGGGUCUGAUUUGGCAGGAGGUGGAACCUGAGCAGAACACGGGCCGAUUGGAUGAGUGCGUAUGUGGAACCUUUUCAACGGGUCGGAUUAUGAUUCUGAGUGGAUAUUCGCGUACGGAAUGAAAACUAACAACUCCUUGUGAGAAUUAUCUCCAUUUCACUCACUCCUGUUAAGCAAAACGUGUGAGAAGCUUCAACCGAGAGGAUUGAGCGGAGAGGAAGAAGGAGAGAGGAAAGGAAGAAAUCUUGGAAGAGGAAGGAAAUUGACAUUUUUUAGAGUUUCUUCUAUCUCUGAAGUUGAAGGAAGGAGUGAGUAAUUUAGUUUGUUGAAUUUAUGUAUUUACAUUUCUCUAAUUGAAGAAAUAUGAAGAAAUACAAUUUGAUUUUCAGUAGGAAGAAAUUCAGUAAGGUGAAAAGUUUAUCUCGAUCCAACAAUGAAAGAAGGAAAUUUGCAAGGGAAAACUGUAGUGCGGUAAUUAUUUUGAUUUAAUAGAUAGUUUGAAAUGAUUUAGAGCUAUUUAAUGUUAU